GCGGCGCUGAGUCGCGGGGAGGGUCUGAGGUUUGAACCAGCGCCCUACAGCUGCCUUAACCAAGUCUGCAUCGUCAGCUCUGAAGACGGGUCACAAAGUUGUAUAGUAAAACUGUAUUUAAACCAUGUCAAGUUUCUAGGACCGGAAGAAGCAAUCGAAACAGAACGUUGUCGUAGAGAGUAUGACGCUUCCCGCCACUUCCGGUCUGUGGUGCCAAACUGCUGUCCCGUGAUCUACUUCUGUGAUGACUCCAGUAGCCUAGGAUCUCGGGCCCUCCGUCCGUGGCAUGUGUAGAGAGCCUCCCUGACGCCCAACUAAACUGUCUGAACACGGCGCUCCGGAUUUUGCACCGUCAGAGUCUGUCGUUGGACACCAAGGGACUCUCCAGACUCAUACAUAACCAAGCUUAGCAGAGUUUAUUUUAUUUUUCUUGUUUUUUAUUUACUUUUUUGUUUUGUUUUAGUCAGAGUUUUACGGCACCUGCAACACACGUAGAUGGGAAAAAGAGGCUAAAACAGCACUUGGACAUGGAUGGCUGGUACCUCUAUAAAUAGAUUAGUGAUGGUCAGGUUGCAGCACACGUAGGUCGUGUGAGUUAAGUGCCGAAUGACCAGGUUUAGUUUUGCUAUCAGAAGAAUAGUUAUUGCUAAAACUAAGGUAGAUGCAUACACUGCACAGCCAGACAAUGAAAGAAUAGUUAUUGCUGAAACUAUGGCCGAUACAUACACUGCACAGACAGAUAUACUUGGACUUCUAACAGAUAGGCGCUUUAAAAGAAUAGAUUAUCAAAGCAGGUUUCAAAAACAGAGAGGUAUCAAAACAGGUGGUGUUAGAAAAAACAGGUGUUAAGAAAAAACAGGUGUUAAGAAAAAAAAAACAAGCCUGAAAACAGGUGUUAGAAUGACAGAUAUUAAAACAGGCUUUAAAAGACAGGUAUAAAAAGGCGUCAGAAAACACAAACAUCAAAACAGGUGUAAGAAACGACAGACAUCAAAACAGGCUUUAAAC